AGGGACUUGAAGAAGGCGUUGGGUCUGCCGGCGGCCACUUCUUUCAAGCACGUGAGUCCCGCCGGCGCCGCCAUCGCUGUCCCCCUAAACAAAGAGCAGUUGAAGUUAUGUAUGGUUGAGGACUUAGAGAACGAGUUGACCCCAAUCUCCACCGCUUACGCCAGAGCUCGUGGAGCCGACAGAAUGUCAUCGUUCGGCGAUUUCAUCGCUUUGUCCGACACUUGCGAUGUGACCACCGCUAAGAUUAUAUCCCGAGAAGUGUCCGACGGAAUCAUUGCCCCGGCGUUUGAACCCAAGGCUCUCGAGAUACUUAAGAAGAAGAAGAACGGAUCGUAUUGUGUUCUUCAGAUCGAUCCCAACUAUGAGUCACAGAAUCUCGAAACUCGAACUCUAUUUGGUCUGACAUUAGAGCAGAAGAAAAACGACGCUCUGAUCGACAGGAAGUUGUUUUCGGGCACUAAUGUCGUCGCGACCUCUAAACCAUUAACUGAAGAGGCGGUCAGAGAUCUAAUUGUGGCGACAAUUGCCCUGAAAUAUUGCGUAACGUGCGCAAACCGGCCGCUAUUCCGGUUGUUGACCACCGAGGCUGUCGACCCGAGGAUCACUUCCGCCGUCUUCAAGAAGGGAGUGAAAAGGGCUGAGAUUUCCAAUUACAUCGACGUCUUCGUCAACGGAAGUGUUGGCAAAGAGAUGGACGCAAACACCUGGAAGAAUGCCUUCGAGAGCGCGCCCGCACUUCUCACUGAUUCGGAUCGCGAGGAAUGGAUUUCAAAGCUGAAUGGAGUGGCUCUCAGUUCUGACGCCUUCUUCCCAUUCCGUGAUAACAUAGACAGAGCGCGACAGUCGGGCUCGGAUCGCGAGGAAUGGAUUUCAAAGCUGAAUGGAGUGGCUCUCAGUUCUGACGCCUUCUUCCCAUUCCGUGAUAACAUAGACAGAGCGCGACAGUCGGGCGUCGACUACAUCGUCAGUCCCGGCGGUUCCACAAACGAUACCUCUAUAGUAGAGGCCUGUAAUCACCACAAGAUUACACUAAUCCAUACCGGACUCAGACUUUUCCACCACUAAGUCCUUUAAAAUCAAAUUAAAGUUUCUUUGUUUUCAUUGAUUAAUAAAAUGCGAUUUUAGAAAUAAUAAACUGAAAGUUUUUUUAUAACAAA